AUGAUCCAUUGGAUUUUAACUGUAAUGACUUUUUUGUUUUUCAGAAGCAUCUGUGCAGCUGACUCCAAACCUUCAUGAGUUAAGUGUCUAGAAGACCUGAAUAAUAUUUACUGCAAGAGGCUAAAUUCCAACCAGAGUGGGUUCUGAGCAUCAGCUCAUGACCAACUAGGAGCUGAAUAUAAGUGCUCUGAUGAAUAUUCUGGCAAUUCUUCCAGUAACCAAUACUUCUCUUGUGACUUUGACCAGGAUGAAUGUGGAACCCAGAAUAUUGCUGUCACGUCUUCUCACACUGUUUCUUUGUCAGGGUCACCGAAACACACGAUUUGUCGCUAUAAUUUUUUCCUCAAAAGGGAAAAUAAUGUAAAAGAGCUCAAGAUCUUUGUAAGUAAUCUGGAGUCUACGAAGCUUGACAUUUUGGAGCAAAUCUCUGUUUAUGAGUAUAACCUCAUUCAGAGUAUCCACCAGAGUGACUCUCUAACUGUUAAUGUGACGAAUCUGGAUAAGAUCACCAUCAUGGUAAUCCCAAAAAGGAGACAUGAUAGUUUGAUAUCAUUUACUGUUUCUCAAAAAGGCCCAGACCCAUCCUUUUGGAGCAAACACCUCGUCCUGAUCAUCAUCGUAGUAAGCUUGGCUUGAUGAGGUUUCUGAUCUUUCAUUGUGUACAAGAUCUCCAAGGUUGAGUUUGAAGAGAGAAAUGCAAGUAAAAUCGUUCCUGAGAACACCAAACGAAGGAACCCGAUCAGCUCCAUUCUUGAUGGGUCUAGGGAGGUCGUGAAUUUCGACCCCCUUUCAGUGCCAGAUAUAGAGCUGAAUCCUCCUCAGCAUGCGAAGUACAUGAAUAAUGGAGUCAUAAUUUCAAUAGCUGAAAAUAUAAACCCUAACGCGACUGCUACGACAGGUCUCAGAGCUUGCCGUAGUAAGAUUAGGCAAGCUAUUUAUUUAGUAUAA